AUGAUCCUCGCAUCUGCAUGCCGUCCUCCACUGAUAACUCUGCUGUUCGUUUUGUUGGCUGGCUGUGGUCAGUGCCACGAUGGAUCAGAUGAUGAGUUGCUUGCCGCGAUCAAGAGGCAAAUGGACAGCGUUCCGGAGCCUCCAGUGGACCUUCGGCAGAUUCCGAAGGAGCUGCGCUGCACCUACUGCAAUGCCAUUGCCUCUACCUUUACCAUUGCUUUGGAGGCUAAGUCCAAAGCGUUGCCACGUUCACGGCAGGGCUUGAUGAACGAGGAGGAGUACAUCCAUGCGCUACAGGAUGCCUGUGAGAAGCCAGUGCGGCCAGGGGAGUUGGAGGCGCUGCCGGCGGAGGCCCGCCACCUGACCUGGCUUUGCAGGGAUAUCUUGCAGACCCUCGGCGAAGAGGACAUCUGGGAGCUGUUCCGCAAGCACGCUCAGGUUCCCGCAGUGCACCUCUGCUCCAAAAAGCUCCGCCUCUGCCCGAAAGACAGACAACGAAAGCGAGGUGACGGGGCGAAGAGCGACCUCUAA